AUGAAGAAAAUCCCCAGAGACGCCGAGGCAUCCAACGUGUUAGUGGGUGAAGUGGACUUCCUGAACAAACCCUUCGUCGCCUUCGUCCGUCUGGCUCAGGCCACGACGCUCGGAGGGCUGACAGAAGUGCCGGUUCCCACCAGAUUCCUGUUCAUUCUGUUGGGUCCCCAAGGAAAGGCCAAGUCCUAUAAUGAGAUCGGCAGGGCUAUAGCGACCCUAAUGGUGGAUGACCUUUUCAGUGAUGUUGCCUACAAAGCCAGAGAUCGGGAGGACCUGAUAGCCGGCAUAGACGAGUUUCUGGAUGAAGUGAUUGUUCUUCCACCUGGAGAAUGGGAUCCCAAAAUCCGCAUUGAGCCUCCAAAGAAAGUCCCCACAGCUGACAAAAGAAAGUCUGUGUUUUCCUUGAACGAGCUGGGCCAGAUGAAUGGCACGGCUGGAAAAGGGGCCGGUCUCUCUGAGGAUGAGGAGAUGCCGGCCCAGCAUGAGCUGGGAGAGGAGCUGGCCUUCACCGGUCGUUUCUGCGGUGGCCUGUACCUGGACAUAAAGCGGAAACUUCCGUUCCUGCCCAGCGAUUUCUACGAGGGAUUCCACAUCCAGUCCAUCUCCGCUGUGCUCUUCAUCUAUCUGGGCUGCAUCACCAACGCCAUCACCUUUGGCGGUCUCCUCGGAGACGCCACAGACAACUACCAGGGUGUGAUGGAGAGUUUCCUGGGCACUGCCUUGGCUGGAUCUGUCUUCUGCCUCUUCGGCGGUCAGCCCCUCAUCAUCCUCAGUUCCACAGGACCCAUUCUCAUCUUUGAAAAGCUCCUGUUUGAAUUCAGCAAGAACAACGGCAUAGACUACAUGGAGCUGCGGCUGUGGAUCGGCAUCCACUCGUGCCUCCAGUGUUUCAUCCUGGUGGCGUCAGACGCCAGUUACAUCAUCAAGUAUAUGACCCGCUUCACCGAGGAGGGCUUCUCCAGCCUCAUCUCCUUCAUCUUCAUCUCGGACGCCAUUAAGAAGAUGGUGGGCUCUUUCAAGUACUACCCCAUCAACACUGACUUCAAGCCAGACUACGUCACCACGUACAAGUGCGAGUGCUUGGCCCCAGACCCGACUCUGGACUGGAGUCAACUGAGCAAGAAGGAGUGUCUGAAGUACGGAGGCUCUUUGGUCGGAAAGUCGUGCAAGUACGUUCCUGAUCUGGCCCUCAUGUCCUUCAUUCUCUUCUUUGGCACCUACUCCAUGACGGUCUCUCUGAAAAAGUUCAAGUUCAGCCGCUACUUCCCCACCAAGCUGAGGAAACUCAUCAGUGACUUCUCCAUCUUCAUGUCCAUUAUGACGUUUGUCGGGCUUGACAUGUUGGUGGGACUCAAAACUCCUAAGCUAAUAGUCCCAACUGAAUUUAAGCCAACCCGGCCGGACCGUGGCUGGCUGGUGAUGCCUUUUGGAAAGAACCCCUGGUGGAUCUACGUGGCCAGCUUCGUUCCAGCCCUACUCGUGACGAUCCUCAUUUUCAUGGACCAGCAGAUCAGCGCCGUCAUUGUCAACCGCAAGGAGAACAAGCUUAAGAAAGGUUGUGGCUACCACUUGGACCUGUUCUGGGUGGGGGUUCUCAUGGCUGCUUGCUCAUUCUUGGGGCUGCCCUGGUACGUGGCUGCCACGGUCAUCUCCAUCGCCCACAUCGAUUCGCUGAAGAUGGAGAGUGAAUCCAGCGCUCCAGGAGAGCAGCCGCAGUUCCUGGGAGUCAGAGAGCAGCGAGUGACAGGCAUCUUGGUGUUUGUUCUCACCGGAGUGUCCAUCUUUCUCGCCCCAGUUCUGAAGUUCAUCCCCAUGCCUGUGCUGUACGGCGUCUUCCUCUACAUGGGUGUAGCUUCCCUCAGUGGGAUCCAGUUCUGGGACCGAAUCAAGUUGUACAUGAUGCCGUCCAAACACCAGCCGGACUUCACCUAUCUCCGUCACGUUCCUCUGAGGAGGGUUCAUCUCUUCACGCUCAUCCAGAUCAUAUGCCUGACCGUGCUUUGGGUCCUCAAAUCCACGUUCUUAGCCAUCAUCUUUCCUGUCAUGAUCCUGGGGUUGAUGGUGGUCCGGAAGGUUCUGGACAUGAUGUUCUCCCAGCACGACUUGGCCUGGCUGGACGACCUGUUGCCUGAGAAAGAGAAGAAGAAGAAGGAAGAGGAUAAGAAGAAGAGGAAGGAGAAGGAAAAGAAGAAGCCGAAAACAGACGACAGCGAGGAGGAGGAGAAGUACCACGGCUACUCCAACCACUCGCCCAGCUCCGAGUCGGACCUGGAUCGCAGCAUCACCCUCCACUUGAAGAUCUCCUGCCCUUCUUCACCGGCCAUGCCUAUGGGCCGAGGGAUGACCUGCCCUGUGCCUCAGGUCAAAAUUGAGAUGGAGUCGGACUACGACUCCGACAUGGACCGCCACAGGGGACGGGAUAUCAGCAGCGAGACAACACUAUGAUAGCUUGUUGGAGAGGUCUUCACUUUUAACCCUCCCCCUGAGGGGUUGACUUGUCGGAGCAAAACCACACAGCAAACCUUGUGGUUCAUUUUGACCCGGCCGGGCCGCAUAUGGAGUAAAAAGCUCGUGGGGUCCAAUUGACCCCGUCUCUUAAGACCACGGGAGGGUUUUAAAUGAGUGUCAUCAUGACAUGUGGUCCUGUGGAUAGUACAUUAAGAACUGAUUUAUUUAUUUAGUUGCAUUUAUAAUGUAAAGAACGCUGAAGAGAGAAAAUAUGUAUCUCUUUACAACAUUCUGUAACUUAAUUUAAUCAUUUUACAAGCAGCUCUGUAUAAUUGAGUUCUAAUUGUAAUUAACCAAAAAAUACUAAAUGAUGCCAACUGCAUGUACAGAGAUGAACUACGUGGCAGGAAAUGUGUAAUCUGCUUUUGUUAGUAAUUGUAAAUUUUUCUGUAUAUAGCUCUGCCUUGUAUUUAGCAUGUUAGCAUGUAAUGUAUAUAUCUGUGCUAGCUGUGUCUGCUGAGUCUAUCUAAUCCCACAGAGCCUUUUCCCUGUUUCCCUUUUCUGCAAAGCUCCAAAUUGGCACACUUAACAAAAAGAAACAACCAAAAGGCGUUGAUGUUAUGUGUUUAUAGGCUCUCUUCCUGUAAAAGCUGCACCUGACAAGUUGACAUUUGUGUUUUUCCAUUUUAAAAUGUGUGAGAAUAUGGCCGACGAUGAACGGGACACACAAUAUGCGUUUGAAAAAAGGCAUCAAACACGAGUUGUUGAAUUAAAACUUCCAUUAUUCUGAACUUU